AUGGCGCUUCCGGUCUACGCAAUGUCAUGCUUCAGACUGACAAAACACCAAUGCCAGAAGAUUAUGAGUGCGAUGGCAAGCUUUUGGUGGGAUGAAAAUGAUGAGAAGAAAAAUAUCCACUGGGUUUCUAGGAGAAAAAUGUGUAUCUCAAAGGAGAAUGGAGGAAUGGGGUUUCGGGACAUUGAGGACUUCAAUCAAGCCCUACUUGCCAAGCAAGCUUGGAGAAUACAAAAUGAUCCAGAUAGUCUUCUAGCCAAGAUCUAUAAAGGAAGAUAUUUUGCAUCGUUAGGUCCAUUGGUAGCUUCGCUGCUGGGGACUAAUGGACAAUGGGAUGUGACUAAAUUGAUACAUCUUUUCCCUGAGAAUGAAGUCACUCGGAUACUCCAUAUGCAGGUUGGUAACGUUCAUGAUCGAGAUGUCUGGGCAUACUCCCCUCAUGGCUCUUACACGGUAAAAAGUGGUUAUACUCUGGCGACGAAGUUGAAAGAAGCAGAAGCUGUUCGCGAUGCCUCUGAAUUUGUAGAGGUUCUGGAAUUAAAGAGACUCAUUUGGAAAGUCCCCACUAUCCCAAAGAUUCAUAGUUUUCUCUAG